CACACACACACACACACACACACACCAUAUCCACCUAGACCCUGGCCAGUCACCGGCGUCCCCUGCCUCGGUGUCCCCACUGUCUGCACCCUAAACUGUACCCCUGCGGCUGGCGAGGGGCCGCGGACCCGGCUGGAGAUGCGAAUCCUGCAGAGCUUCCUCGCGUGCGUUCAGCUACUGUGUGUGUGUCGCCUGGACUGGGCUUAUGGAUACUACAGACAACAGAGAAAACUUGUUGAAGAGAUUGGCUGGUCCUACACAGGAGCACUAAAUCAAAAAAAUUGGGGAAAGAAAUAUCCAAUAUGUAAUAGCCCAAAGCAGUCCCCUAUUAAUAUUGAUGAAGAUCUUACACAAGUCAAUGUGAAUCUUAAGAAACUGAAAUUUCAGGGCUGGGAAAAAGCAUCCUUGGAAAACACAUUCAUUCACAACACUGGGAAAACAGUCGAAAUAAAUCUCACCAAUGACUACUAUCUCAGUGGAGGACUUUCAGAAAAGGUCUUCAAGGCAAGCAAAAUAACUUUUCACUGGGGAAAAUGCAAUGCGUCAUCUGAAGGAUCGGAACAUAGCUUAGAAGGACAGAAGUUCCCACUUGAGAUGCAAGUCUACUGCUUUGAUGCGGACCGAUUUUCAAGUUUUGAGGAAGCAGUUAAAGGAAAAGGAAGGUUAAGGGCUUUAUCCAUUUUAUUUGAGGUUGGAGUUGAAGAAAAUUUGGAUUACAAAGCCAUUAUUGAUGGGACUGAGAGUGUUAGUCGUUUUGGAAAGCAGGCUGCCUUAGAUCCAUUCAUCUUGCAGAACCUCCUGCCAAACUCCACUGACAAGUAUUACAUUUACAACGGCUCAUUGACAUCCCCUCCCUGCACAGACACCGUCGAAUGGAUUGUUUUUAAGGAUACAGUUAGCAUCUCUGAAAGCCAGCUGGCUGUAUUUUGUGAAGUUCUCACAAUGCAACAGUCAGGGUAUGUCAUGUUGAUGGAUUACCUACAGAACAAUUUCCGAGAACAACAGUACAAGUUUUCCAGGCAGGUGUUUUCCUCAUACACUGGAAAGGAAGAGAUCCACGAAGCAGUGUGUAGUUCAGAACCAGAAAAUGUGCAAGCUGACCCUGAGAAUUACACCAGCCUUCUGGUCACGUGGGAAAGACCUCGGGUUGUUUAUGACACGAUGAUUGAGAAGUUUGCAGUUCUGUACCAGCCACUGGAGGGAAAUGACCAAACCAAGCAUGAGUUUUUAACAGAUGGCUAUCAGGACUUGGGUGCCAUUCUCAAUAAUUUACUACCUAACAUGAGUUACGUUCUCCAAAUAGUGGCCAUAUGCUCUAAUGGCUUAUAUGGAAAGUACAGUGACCAACUGAUAGUCGACAUGCCUACUGAGGAUGCGGAACUUGACCUUUUUCCUGAAUUAAUUGGAACUGAAGAAGUAAUCAAGGAGGAAGAAUAUGGAAAAGGCAAUGAAGAAGACGCAGUCUUGAAUCCUGGUAGAGACAGUACCACAAACCAAAUAAGGAAAAAGGAACCCCAGGUUUCUACCACAACUCACUAUAAUCACAUGGGGACUAAAUAUAAUGAAGCCAAGACUAACCGAUCUCCAACAAGAGGAUCUGAAUUAUCCGGAAAGAGUGAUGUUCUCAACACAUCCCUGAAUUCUACUUCCCAACAAGUUGUUGAAUUAGAUACAGAAAGAGAAAUUUCCUUCACUUCUCAGACUGGAACUAACCUGCCACCACACAGUGUAGAAGGCACUUCAGCCUCCUUAAACAGUGGCUCUAAAACUCUCUUUGUCUUCCCACAGAUGAACUUGUCUGGGACUGCAGAAUCCUUAAAUAUGGUUUCCAUAACAGGGUACAAAGAGGUGUCUGCUGACAUCAGUGAGGAGGAAAACUUACUGACUGAUUUCAAGCUUGAUACGGGAGCCUAUGAUUCUUCAGGCUCCAGUCCUGCAACCUCCACCGUCCCUUUUUCCUCUGAUAAUAUAUCCCAUGGAUACAUAGCAUCUUCAGACAUGCCCGAGGCAAUCACGUAUGAUGUCCUUAAGCCAGGAUCUACAAGAAAUGCUCCCGAGGAUUCAGCACCAUCAGGUUCAGAAGAAUCACUAAAGGAUCCCACUCUUGAAGGGAGUGUAUGGUUUCCUGGCUCCACGGACCUAACAACACAGUCUGAGACUGGGUCUGGCAGAGAGAGCUUUCUCCCGCUUAACUCCACGGACAUACAAAUUGAUGAAUUGGCGGAGACAACUGAGUCAUUUUCUCAAGAUGUUACCAUGUCACAGGGUCCUUCAGUCACAGAUAUGGAAAUGCCACAUUAUUCUACCUUUGCCUACCUCCCAACCGAAGUAACACCACAGGCUUUCACUCCAUCCUCCAGACCGCUUGAUUUGGCUCCCACUAGCAACAUCCUCCAUUCGCAGACAACUCAACCAGUAUACAAUGGUGAGACACCUCUUCAACCUUCCUACAGUAGUGACGUCUUUCCUCUAGUCACCCCUUUGUUGCUUGACAAUCAGACCCUCAACACUACCCCUGCUGCUUCAAGUAGUGAUUCGGCCUUGCAUGCUACGCCUGUAAUCCCCAGUGUCGGUGUGUCAUUUGAAUCCAUCCUGUCUUCCUAUGAUGAUGCACCUCUGCUCCCAUUUUCCUCUGCUUCCUUCAGUAGUGAAUUGUUUCACCAUCUGCAUACGGUUUCUCAAACCCUUCCGCAAGUUACUUCAGCUGCUGAGAGGGAUGAGCUGUCUUUGCAUGCUUCUCUGCUGGUGGCUGGGGGUGAUGUGCUAUUAGAGCCCAGCCUUGUUCAGUAUUCUGAUGUGGUGUCACAUCAGGCCACUACUCGCGCUGCUUCGGACACAUUGGAAUUUGGUAGUGAGUCUGCUGUCCUUUAUAAAACAUCUAUGGUUUCUCAGAUUGAAUCACCCAGCAGUGAUGUCAUUAUGCAUGCAUAUUCUUCAGGGCCUGAACCUUCUUAUGCCGUUGAGGGCCCCCACCACGUGCUCACUGUUUCUUACAGUUCUGCAAUACCUGUGCAUGAGUCUGUUGAUGUAUCUGAUCAGGGGUCCUUACUUAUCAAUCCUAGCCAUAUAUCAAUGCCUGAGUCUUCGUUUAUUACUCCAACUGCAUCAUUGCUGCAGCCUCCUCCUGCCCUCUCUGGCGAUGGGGAGUGGUCUGGAGCCUCCUCUGAUAGUGAAUUUCUUUUACCUGACACAGAUGAGCUGAGAACUCUUAACGUUUCUUCACCUGUUUCUGUAGCUGAAUUUACAUAUACAACAUCUGUGUUUGGUGAUGAUAUUAAGGCACUUUCUAAAAGUGGAAUGAUGUAUGGAAAUGAGACUGAACUGAAAAUGUCUUCUUUCAGUGACACGGCAUACCCUUCUAAAAGCACAGUCAUGCCAAAGAUGUCUGAUUUUGUAAAUAAGUGGAGUGAAUCUUUAAAAGAAACCUCUGUUUCUAUUUCUAGCAUAAAGGGCAUGUUUUCAGAGUCUCUUGUUUAUCCCACAACUAAGGUUUUUGAUCAGGAGAUUAGUCAAGUUCCAGAAAUUAUCUUCCCCGUUCAACCUACACACACUGCAUCUCAAGCAUCUGGUGACACAUGGCUUAAACCGGCGCUUAGCAUAGACUCAGAGCCAGCAUUCUCUGACACUGCUUCUAGGGAAGUAUUACACCCUUCAACACAGCCCUUGCUCUAUGAGACUGCAUCUCCUUUUAAUACUGAAGCAUUGCUGCAACCCUCCUUUCAGGCUUCUGAUGUUGACACCUUGUUUAAAACUGUCCUUCCAUCUGGGCCGAAUGAUCCAGUAGUGGCUGAAACCCCCCAGAUUGAACAAAGUAGCUCUUUUAUGUCUCAUCCCAUGGCAUCAGAGUCUACUUCAAGCGAAAGCACGUUGCACUUUACAUCUGUACCAGUUCUCGAUAUAUCACCUUCUACUGUGCCCUUCACUUCACUUCAAGGCUUAACAGUCCCUCACUCGAGUGAGAAAUAUUUUGAACAAGGUUUGCUUAAGAGCAAAAGUCCCCAGCAAGUGCUGCCGUCCUUGUACAGCAAUGACGAGUUUUUCCAAGCGUCCCAUCUGGAUGUUAGCCAGGCCUAUCCUCCAAAAGGGAGACAUGCAUUCGCUACUCCAGUUUUAUCAAUUGAUGAACCACAAAAUACGCUUAUAAACAAGCUUGUGUAUUCUGAGGAAGUUUUCACACGCACUGAAAUUUCUAUUACUGGUCUCCCAACUGUUGUUUCUGAUGUACUUAUAUCUACUGACCAUUCUAUUCCAUUAGGAAGUGGGCCCAUUUCCAUGACAACUGUUUCUCCCGACAGAGAUGAUUCUGUGACCACAGCCAAGUUGCCUCUUCCUUCUAAAGCUACUUCUAGGCUGACUCAUAGUGCCAGAUCUGAUGCCAAUUUAGUGGGAGGUGGUGAAGAUGGUGAUGACUAUGAUGAUGAUGAUUAUGAUGACCUAGAUAGUGACCGCUUUCCUGUGAAUAAGUGUAUGUCAUGUUUACCCUAUAGAGAAUCACAGGAAAAGGUAAUGAAUGACUCAGACACCCAGGAAAACAGUCUUGUGGAUCAGAGUGACCCAAUAUCACAUUUGCUAUUUGAGAAUACAGAAGAAGAAAAUGGAGGUACAGGUGUAACUAGGGUGGAUAAAAGUCCUGAUAAAUCACCACCACCAAGUACACUACCCCAGAAGCACCAUGAUGGAAGAGAGGAUCCUGACAUCCAGAUGGGUAGUGCUGUCCUUCCUCACGCUUCAGGAUCUAAAGCAUGGGCAGUUUUGACAAGUGAUGAAGAGAGUGGGUCAGGGCAAGGCACCUCAGAUAGCCUUAAUGAUAAUGAGACUUCCACAGAUUUCAGUUUUCCAGAUGCUAAUGAAAAGGAUGCUGAUGGUGUCCUGGAAGCAGAUGACACAGGCAUAGCUCCGGGAUCUCCACGGUCCUCCACACCAUCUGUUACUAGUGGGCAUUCAGGAGUAUCCAACAGUUCAGAGGCAGGUUAGUUAUGAGCAAAGGGAAAGAAUUAGAUGUGCUAAUUUUCUUGCUAUGAAAGUAAAAAUAGAAGAAUCGUGGAAGAAAAGAAUUCUGGUCCGCCAGCAAAUCGUCACUUUCUAAUCAGAACGUUCAACCAUUUAUAGCUCUUAUAAGUACGAUUUUAUUCAUGAUUUCAAAUGAAUAUCCAACCUAUUUUGGUCCUUGAUUUAAUUAUCUUCAAAAUACAUUGUUUGUGUGUUGUUACUAAUUCCUAUCCUACAGGGUUCCUAUUGUGUGUAGAAUCGAUUAUGUAUGCGUAAUACACAAUUAGUAUAUUACAACGCAGUGUGCUAAGUGUUCAUACUUGUAUUCUAAAAUAAGUUGUAAACCAAUUCUAUUGGAUUUAAAAAUCUCAGUAAUAUGCUAUAAGCACCUAUCCAUCAAUGGAAAUCAAGAAGACACUCCAUAUGUGCACAUCAGCUUGGAGAGCUUCUAAAAAAGAAUUACAGGGCUAAGAUUUGAUAGCUAAGGAAGGCUUUUAUAAGCAUCAUAUUGUUUUUAAUCUUUCUUUGAGCUUCUUUAUGUUGCCUAAAGAGGGCAGUAUAAACCAGCAGAAUACAUUCUACUUUGUGUUUGUUACAGUGUCAUUCCAACUUAAAUAAUAGACAUGAAUAUGCAUAGUAUGUAUAGGUAUUGUGUGACAAGAUGUAAAAGAAAAAAGAAAAAGCCUAGAGCCUUUUCUGUAGGAAUGCAUUUUAUUGUUAAUAUAUUUUAUGCAAAUUGGUUUAUUAGCCAGAUGUUUCUUGGAGCAGAUUGCAACAUGCAAUACAGAUGUGUGCUUUAAAUGUCAAUGGUAACAAAACUCAAGUUUAAUUCCAUUAAGUGUAUAACUCCAUUGAAUUCAUAGCAAGAAUUUUAUAAUUUGCUUUGAUUAAGUGAUAAGGUAUUUUUUUAAUUAACAAGAAAAGUAUUUAAAUCUUUACAAGUCAAAAGAUAAGCUAAUGUAUAUGUAAUAUUGGGUAAUAAUUGCAUAGAAUUUAAUAUUCAAAAUUCACAGGAUAGAGCCAAUCUCAUUAAAAUAUAUAUUCUCUUUGUUAUUUUCAUCAUUCACAUUAGUUGCAAACUCUUUAGUAAUUAAGAGAUUAUGUAUUUAGACAGGGCAGCUUCUUUUUCUGUAUUCUGACUUGAUCUCCAUUUAUCAUUGCAUUUCAGCUUCAAUGUCUGAACUAAUGUGUGAGAAGGAGUAAUGAAUCCACGGGUCACUGUAGUCAGGAGUGUUGCUACAUAUGUGAAUUGUUAUCAGUCCUCAAUUAUAGCACUUGUUUUUCUCUUUAUAUUUUUAGAUUUAUUUGAAAGAGAAAGAUCAUGAAUAUACUCUAAUGGAAAGACCAUACAUAUAUAACAAAGCACUACAACUAGAAUUAUUGAAGAAAGUGAUUUCUCUUAGAUGUACUAAUUAGAUUUAUUUAACUGUCAAGAGUAAGUUCUCCCACUAAUGAAAACAAAGCAAUAUGGAUAUGACAUCCAUCUUCAGGAAAUAAUAUAAUUAAUGAAGGAAGUAGAAUCAAAUAUAGAAUUAGGGAAAACAAUUUUUUAACCGUUUUUAAAACUGUAUCUGUAAAACUAAUUCAAAGUCAGUCUUAUCCAAUUAUUGAGUAUUCCCUAAUCUGAAGCUCAUCAUUUAUGGUACUUCUAAAUUGUAGAAAAACUGACAUGAUGUUUCUUAAAAUAAUAUAAAUAGGGCAAAUAUACAUGAGAGUGAACACAGACUGUAAGACACUUGAUCUAGUUCACAUAAAGAGUCAAUGCAAAACUAACUCUGGGGAUGUAUUAUUAGUGUCUGUCUCUUAGAACAUGCUUACGUGAUUGAGAUCAAUAAAAUAUAUUUUAUGCUUAAA